AUUUGUCUUUGCCUUGGCAAUGAAUAUCCAUUUGAUGUAUAUUUUCAUCAAUCUAAACUUUCUUUUGGUUAUGUUCAUAUUCCAAUAUUUUUAAAUUAAAGUCAUGAAGUUUAUAAUUUCAGAGAAGAACCCAAGAAGAUCAGUGGAUCCCUAGAGUGUCAGACAUUUAAGGAAGACCUUUAAGAGGCAUGGAUGCUAUUCAGACAUUUCUAAAAGGGCGCCCACCCUCGUCGUCCCAUCAGCCCCGCUUCAUAUUCCGGCAGCGGGCCAAAAGAAGCGGCCUCGGUGAAGAGCACGAAGAAGAGAGGGGCGAGGAAUCGCUAGCAGAGAUGACACCCGUUCGUCCAGAGUCAGCGGAGGACCUGAACACAAGCCUAAGCGGUGACGUCACUGCCCUGGUCCUACACAAACCAAUCAGUCGCAGGAAAGCCGUGUUCUACCUCACACUCUUCUCACUCCUCAUCUUUACCACAGCAUUCCUGCUAGGCUACGUGGUGUUCCGCGCAUUGUGCCACUACUGCGGGGAAACGGACAUGGAGCUGGGGCCAGUUGAUGACACAUGCAGCUCACAUUAUGAUGCCUCGGAGAGCAUGAUGGACCUCGGGGAGCUGAAGGACAUGCUGAGAAAAUACCUGAAAGAGGAGCAGAUUGAGAGCACGGUCAGACGUAUGAGCAGGUCGACCCAUCCGCCAGGGUCCUCAGAGGGGAACACGCUCGCCAGAGAGAUCCUGCAGAAAUUUCGUCAGCUGCGCAUGGACCACACUUGGACAGACUCACACUACGCUACUCUACAGUUCCCAUCCAGGACCCAGAGAAACUCUCUGUGGAUAGUUGAUGCCAAUGACGAGAUACUGGAGGAGAUCCCAUUGGGGAGUCCCCUGGAUUACUGUGCUUACAGUGGAAUUGGCACAGCCACGGGCGGUGUGGUGUACGUGAAUUAUGGACGGCAGGAGGACUUUGACCUGCUGCGCUCCCUGGGUGUGUCCAUAGGGGGUGCCAUCGCAGUGGCGCGAGUCGGAGGAGGCAUGAGCUUUGCGGAAAAGGUGUGGCAUGCCCAACGUGCAGGGUUAGGAGGGGUGCUGAUUUACCCCGACCCAGCUGAUAUUCCCCAAGAUCCCCGCAGGCUGGGCCUCUACAGCAGCGCAACCAUCUCUGAGCACGUACACCUGGGUUCAGGUGACCCUUUUACUCCUGGCUUCCCCUCCUUUAACCACGCCCAGUUCCCACCAACACAGUCCUCAGGCCUGCCACUCAUUCCAGUACAACCAAUCAGUGCCAACGUAGCCUCUAAACUGUUGAGUCAGCUGACGGGCCCGGAGUGCCCGCGGAGUUGGCAGGGCCGACUGCCGUACGUCCGCUGCACACUGGGGCCGGCGUUCAGCUCGGGCGAGGGUCGCAGGGUGAGGAUGGGCGUCUACAACAACAUGACGCCCGUGCUGCUUAAUAACAUCUUCGCCUCUAUUGAGGGCAAGAUUGAGCCGGAUCAGUACAUAAUCAUAGGUGCCCAGCGAGACUCCUGGGGACCUGGAGCUGUGAAGGCGGGAGUGGGCACUGCCAUCCUGCUUGAGCUGGCCCGUACCUUCAGCACAAUGGUGGAAAAUGGAUUCUACCCCAGAAGAAGUUUGCUGUUUGUCAGCUGGGAUGCGGGGGACUUUGGCAGUGUAGGCGCCACUGAGUGGCUGGAGGGUUAUCUCACAAUGCUGCACCUUAAGGCUGUGGCCUAUUUCAGUUUGGACAGGGCUAUUCUGGGUGAUGACAACCUCCAUGCGUUCACCAGCCCACUGCUGGCAGAUCUCAUCGAGGGAGUCAUAAAACAGGUAGAGCACCCAAAGCACGUGGGUCAGACCAUCUAUUCACACACAGAGAGCCUGGGCGGAAACUGGAAAAGCCAGAUAGUGAAGCCACUGUAUCUGAAUAGCGGCGCCUACAGUUUCACGGCCUUUGGGGGAGUGCCAGCCAUGGAACUUCGCUUUACUAAGGACAGCCGCCCGUACCCCUUUGUGAACACGCAGUUCGACACCGCCGACCACUUGCAGGAGAUGCUGCAGGGGCGCCUGGGGGCACUGGGGCGCAGUUUGGGGGAGCUGGUGGGGCUGAUGGUGCUGCGGCUGGCCCAUGAUCUCAUCCUGCCCCUGGACAUCACCUGCUACAGCAGCACGGCCCUGCACUUCAGCACUCAGCUCAACAAGUACUCCAGUGAGCUGAAGGCCAGAGGUCUCUCUCCGCAGUGGGUCAUCAGUGCUCGUGGGGAUUACAGCCGUGCAGCCGAAUCGCUGCGUGAGGCCAUACUGAACAGCGACAUUAGCGAAGAGAGAGUGACUCGGCUCUACAACACGCGCAUCAUGCGGGUGGAAUAUUACCUCCUGUCCCAGUACGUGUCGCCGGUGGAGGCGCCGUUUCGGCACGUGCUGCACGGCCGCGGGGAGCACACGCUCGCCGCCCUCUCCGAGCACCUGUCCCUGCUGCGCUCCAACCCGAGCCUCUUCGACGAGGCGCGCUUCCGCCGGCAGCUGGCCCUCCUCACCUGGACGCUGCAGGGGGCCGCGAACGCCCUGAGCGGGGACGUGUGGAACAUCGACAACUCCUUCUAGAUCCGCGCGCCGCCGCGAGCCGCGGUCGCGCUACUGCGGCUGGCGGCUGGCCUCUUUACUCCCUUUACCGAUCGUCCAUUCGCCAGGCAAAGCUACUGUAGAUUUUCAGUAGGUCAGUUAAAAACACGAAUCUCUAGUGCAGAGGGCAAUGAUUCCCACGUACAGAUGUACUGUAUGUGAGAGCCGUUGCCUAACUAGCGCACGGCCUCAAUUGUAAAGGGAUUUAUGAACAUUCUUUAUUGUGCAGAGUUUGAAGAGCACAAAGGGUUUUUUUCGGCAGUAUAUUUCAGAAAAGUUUCACCACUGUUGCAAUGAACAAGUUAGUGUUACGUUUGAAUUUAUAUAUAUUUUUUAAAUAUUUAACAACUACACCCAGGGAAAGAGUUUGGGUAGAGCAAAAAUUGAGUUGGUUUGUACGAGCCCAAACAGCCGCCAUGACCCCUUCCCCUAGCACCUAGCUCCUAGCGCUUUCUUCAGUCUUGCUAGGACACAUAAAUUUGCCAUAUUUCAAUGUGCCCCAAAGCUUGGUUGGGGUCCAUUCCAUUAUAGUGGCAGAGUAUUUUAGGCCCUCAUAUGCCUCGAUUUGGUUAACAUUUGAUUGAUUAUGCAGGCCUUGGACUGAAGGGCAGUCCCACAGUUCCUUGCAUGAGAUGAGACACUGGUGCAUUAGUUACAUGCAGUCAGAAGCAAGCCUGACCAAAUCAAGGCAAAACCAGGAGAUUAUAUGUGCAAGAAUGUGUCCCAAAUCUAAUAGAAGUACUUUAUUAGCCCUUUUUAUAAACCCUCCUCUGAAUUGCCCUUCAUAUGAUGCCAGAAACACAUCACACUAAAGAACACUGACAGUGGAGAAGGGGUCUAGAACAGGACUACUCAAUCCUGGUCCAGGAGGCCUGAAGAGUAUGCUGGCUUUCACUGUUUCUCAGCACUUGAUUGAUCAGUUAAAGCACCUGAUUAAACAUUUCACUUGCCUCAUCUGGUUUGUUCGGUCUGAACUACAAUAGUUCAGGAUUUUAUGGUGAAAGUAAAAACCAGGACACCCAGCUCUGCUCUACUCAAGGAGGCAGUGUUUCAUUUGACUGUCCAACCAAGCACAUUCCCUGGGUUAUUUUUUCCAUUGAGAAAAACCCCGGGUGCACUUCAUGAUGGAAAACACAGCAAACCACAAGCUAUUCAAAAGCAGCUGCUGUAUGUUUCUGUUUAAAACGUUUUGUGUUGUCCUGAAUUUGCUUUGAGGAUAGACAAGAUGGCUAAUCAUUGACAUGACAUGACAUAGAACUCCCACUCGCUUUGUCUGGGGAAUUGACUGAUAGGCUGUCUUUGUGACUUAUUUGCUGUCUCACCUCUAGCUGUCUCUCCCACUGUGGGUUAGUGUUGAAUAUACAGUGUAUAUUGCAUUGUAUUCUGUUUCAAGUCUUUGAAUGUAAAGGCCUUUGUCCUUAUCUCUGCUUUAUCUGGCAAGAGCAGCAGCACUUUCCUUUUGAAAGUGCUUUCUUAAUUAAGCUAAUUUUCAGUAACAGUGAUUGAUACUAAAUUUUUUUUAUUGCCAAGUGAUAAUAACUUUGUUACCAAUGUAGGCAAUAAUUAUCGGGAGCAGUGCCUCCCAUAAUUAUGACAGUCAUACUGUCGUCCAAUCAAAAAGCAGCAUCUGCUAUUAAUCAGUUCAUGAUGUCAGGGAAGCUCAGAGAGCAGGUAGUCAUAGAAAUACAUUGGGGAUAAAAGCCAUUGCCAAGCCACCAGCCAGUCACCAAAGCCAAUGUGUAUAUUCUGUGUUUUUUCACAAACAUGGCUUGCUCUGUAUAUAUUUUGGCUUAUUAUAUUAAUGAACAGCUUCCAGUGGUCCAUCACACUUAAGCUGUCGAAGGAAAUGGUAAUGUGUGCCCCCUGCUGGCAUGGAGGACUGCAGUCAUCCUGCAGUUUUUGUAACGUCGUUCUUCUCCACUUCUAUCUUAUUUCCAGUGUCCUUUGACCCCUGACCUCUAUCUACCCUCUGACAUCACUGGGCACUGCCUUGCCAGUGUUAUUGGAAGCCAGUAGCACAUUUACAACUUUUCCCUUAAGAUCAGAGCACUGUAUUAUCGGGAACAGUGAUUCCCAUAAUUUAUUACCUCUUCAUUUUAUUGUAUUAUUGUGAUUCAAUCGUGAAUUAUUGAGAAUUUCAGAUGUUGUUUAUGUAAUAUUGUCAAUGUUAUGAUUAGUAUAGCAUAGUUCUAUGAGUGGGCUAUUUGACAGAGAAUUUUGUUGUUGGGGAGAAUUAAUAUGAGUGCAAGGAACACUUUAUACUUCGUCUCAGUGAUGUCAUUACAUGCUAUAGAAUUAUAAACUAGAUAAAAUCUAAAAAGUUUCAUCCCACCUUCUUACCACACAUCUACUGUCAAUAGUGAACAGUUGCAAAAUGGAAUUAUUUGCAAAAUUUAAUUAUCUUUUCAUUUGUGCGUAACUCUAGCUGUAAAAUCAUGGUAGUUCAUAUUUAUUUUAUUUUUUUUACAUCUAGAUAACUGGAUUUAAAACAAUUUGGAGCUUGGAACCGUUUCAUUUUAUGGUUCUAACUCAGUCGUCAUUCAGAAUGUAGUGAUGUGGAAGAUUCAUUAUCUUUAGAUGUAGUGUGCCCCCUACAUCCUUAGAAUGAAAUAAUGCCCUGAAUUGCCAUCCUGAAAGAGGAAUGAAAAUGUGGUGGGAACACGGAGGCUUCACAAAGCGAAUGUGUAAUUUUCACAUUCACAUUAAUAAUUAAUUGCAUUCAUCUUUGCAUUAUCAAUUGAUCUGAACCAAUCAAGAUAGUUUUCCGUCACCUUCGGAACACUCAGAUCCGUGAAUUGCUGACAGCUCAUGUUCAACCUAGCCUUUGUGGGGAUUGUACCCAAAAUUCACAAGUGAGUACUUCACAAGUGUAGUUUUUGUUUCACCUCAUCUCUCUUUGGACUUCAUUCUAUCCCACAUCUCAUUUGUCUGUCGAUUCUUUUAAUCUUUCAUUCUCUGAUUACUUCACAAUAUUUAUAUUGAUUGCUUCCACCACAUUUUUCUCUGUCGCUAGUUAUCGAUUUCCUCGGUUUUCCCUGCUAUCCCCAACUAAUUUCUGUCCAAGUUGGAUGGGUGGGGACUUGAGGAUGUAUCAAACUACAGACAUGUUUGGAGUACAUUGUGAUUAUGUUUGAUUUUAUUUUAAGAGUGUUUCUACAUGAUUACCUUUAAAACGUUCCUGAUGUUUUCAGUGUACUGAUGUGCUGCUCUUCAAAACCCCUUCCAAUAAAGCUUCUCCCAGAGGUAUUUCUCCCUCUGCUCACUUCCAA